GGGAAAACAGAAAAGUGAGCAGCAGUUGAGGUCCUCCCGUCCGUGAGAUAAAUUGUCCCCCGUGCCCAUCGGCAGCGAAACCCUAGAAUCGAAUCGAGGCGAGGCGGCGACGGAGACAAGCGAAAAGGAAAUCGCGGAGGAGGCGAAGGAAGAGGCAUCAUGUUCCGGCGGGCCGUGGGUUCCCUCCUCGCACGGGGGUUCUCGCCACGUGCGACCCCAAGGACUGCUCCUGCGCGCUCUCUGCACUUCUUGAGCGAUCUCGCCAUCGGUAAUGGCCUUCUUGGUGCUUAUGUUUUUGCCGCGGGUCUGAUGGCUGGUGGUGGUGGGGGGUUGGUGAUUCUGCAUUUCAAGCAAGGCGCAGGUGUUGAUGCAUCAGCUGCUGCUGGCAAGCUGAACCACAAGGUCAAGUUUAAGAAGCCGGACAUGAAGCAGAGGUUUGAGAGUUGGAUCAUCGAGCACGAAAAGACAUACCGAGAUGAGGAAGAGAAGGCUAUGCGGUUCGAAUUGUUCAAGGCCGCCCUCGAGAUGAUGGAAUCGCAGCUCCCGUCCGUCGAGGAGAGUGGUGUGCUUCCACAGGUAAGCUGUUUCGCAGACUUUACAGCCGAGGAGAAACGGAAAUUGCUGGCCUUUCCCAACGGAGUUAACAUCACCGAGUACAACGAGAUGGUCAAGUCUGCCUGGGCCAAGCAACAGAAAGGAGAGAUGUAUUGAUAAGGAUGCCCGGCAUGAAGCAGGGCGACAUGCAGGCAACUCAAGGCUCUGCAUGAAAGUUCGGUCACCUGCCUCACUCCGCCGUCGGUGAUUUAUGCCUGAAAAUGCUGCCGCUCGUUCGUCCAUCCCCAACCCUUCCACACGGCCGAUUCGGAGGUCGCCACAGCUUCGGCGGCCCUAAUGGGUGUAGCACCACUUGGCAGUCUUCCCUGGCAGCUCCGCCACGACCAUCACAACCCCGCCGAACCGACUGCUUUUGGUUAUUGCCACCGCCGAUGCAUCGCAGCGAGUGGAGUCCUCCGGCAGCCGCGUGGCCGUCCAGAGGCUGUUGAUGCAGCUGACGCAUACCCCAGACGGGCUUUUGUGCUGCCAAUUAAUGCUUCGAUCCACCGCUGUCCGGUUUCUUCCACCUCGCACGCAACAUAUUUGACAAAUUUCUCAAGGUAAAAAAUGUGCGAACCAGGAGUUUUUUAUUGGGCAUGAUGUAGUUUGUCGGUGAUUUUCGUAUUGUAGAUGAGCUCACGUGACUCCUCUUUCGUGGGUGAUUCCUCGUUGGAUGAGGAAUUUGACCUGACGGAAGAAGAGGGCAUUGUUAUGACCAGAUGAAAAUUUAAGUUUUAGUUUGGGAUAAUUUUUAGUUUAAUUGUGUGGCUGAACUGC